AUGCCCAAAAUCAGGGUUGAAAUGCACAACAAACACAUUUCCAAAUGUCAACAAAACAAAAAGAACAACAACAACAACAACAACACUACAUUGAAAACUAGAUGUAAAUACCUAUUGUUCCAGAACAACAGGAUGAAAUAUCAUCAGAGCAAGGAGAUGGUUACACAAUGGUACAGCAGGAGCAAGCAUCUUGGUACAGGAACAGCUACGCAAGAAGAACUUGCACAGGGAUUUGCAGGACCCAAACUCAAAGUAUGGCUGAACAUUUAUCGUGUAAACAACCAUGUUACAAAGGAGAUGGUCGAAAAACAUAUUAAAAAGCAACCCGGAUUUGAGAACUUGAAAAUCAUGGUGUCAGAACUUUUAACCAAGUCAAAUUUGAAGAGUUUUGUUGUGACGGCACCUUUAGUCAAAAAAGACGAGAUGUGCGAAACCAUUCUGGCCCCCUAA